GUGGUCGAGGCUUGACUGGAAAGGUUAGUUGAUCAUGAAGACUUAACCACGGUUUGUUCCAUUUUAAAGUGAAGUUUGUUUUGAAAAUUAACCUCGCGGGAUAAAUCCUAUAUCAUCGGAGAACAUUUUGGAGUUAAAUAACGUGUGCUUUACAUCAACAAAAUACCAAGAGGAAGUGUUCAAACGUCUGUAAUGAUCGAAAUUUAACGGAAGUAACGUUAGCUUCGCCUGACGAGUGUCUGGAUGCUUAAACCAACAGUCAUGGAGCUGGGCAAGCUAUGUGGGAAGAUGAAAAAACAGAGGAAGGCAGAGAUGACUGUUCCGACUGUCAGGAAAGGACUGGAGAUCCACUUCUACCUGCCUGAAACACACCAGCUCGAGUAUUUCAAAGACUGCCAUACUGCGGAGGACCUGUGCGUGGAGGCUGCCAAGAAAUGCCACAUCUCACCUUUAUGCCACAACCUGUUUGCACUGUAUGAAGAGAGCCAGGAUCUCUGGUAUGCUCCCAAUCAUGUGUUCAAGAUCACUGAGGAGACCAGCAUCAAACUCCACUACCGUAUGAGGUUUUAUUUCACAAACUGGCAUGGCACCAAUGAGUUGGAGUCUCCUGUUUGGAGACACUCACUGAGUAAGAAAGGUGUUUUGAACUCUCAGAAGGGGACUGAGGGGACACCUCUACUAGAUGCUGCAUCUCUUGAUUACCUAUUUGCACAGGGGCAGUAUGACUUCCUGAGGGGACUGGCUCCUGUGCGCACUCCCCAGAGCGAGGCAGAGCUUCAAGAGAUAGAGAACGAGUGUUUGGGAAUGGCAGUUUUGGCUAUUACCCAUCAUGCCAAGGGCAAUGACCUGCCCUUAUCAGGAGCUGGAGCUGAGACCAGCUACAAGCGCUUCAUUCCGGACAGUCUUAACCGCACCUUUAAGCAGCGGAACUUUCUCACACGCAUACGCAUCAACAAUGUCUUCAAGAAUUUUCUCAAUGAGUUCAAUAGCAAGACCAUCCAGGACAGCAACAUUACCCUCUAUGACCUGAAGGUCAAGUAUCUUUCCACUCUGGAAACGCUGACCCAGGGCUUGGGUCGAGAGACUGUUGAGCCUAAAAUCCUGAAAGUAUCAGGCGAGAAUGAGGGCUCUCCGGCACACACACUUCCCUUAGGGGAUGACGGACGGGGAUAUGAGGUGCAAGUAUCUGGCACCACUGGGAUCUCCUGGAGGAGAAAGUUUGUACCGAAUCUUCUGAUAGUGAAAGACAAACCCAAGUCUAAAAAGAACAAGGCUGACAACAAGCAGAAGACUGAAAAAAAGAAAGAAACCGGAUGGACCAUUUUCUCAGACUUUUACGAAAUCACCCACAUUGUCAUUAAGGAGUCGUGUGUAACCAUUUACAGACAAGACAAUAAAACCAUGGAGUUGGAUCUGUUUUUUCGUGAUGCAGCCCUGUCCUUUGCUGCAAUGGUGGACGGAUACUUCAGAUUGACUGUAGAUGCCCAUCAUUACCUGUGCACUGAAGUCGCACCCUCAUCAGUUGUCCAGAAUUUAGAAAAUGGCUGUCAUGGGCCUCUCUGUACAGAGUAUGCAAUUCAUAAACUCCGUCAGGAGGGAAAUGAAGAAGGAACCUACAUCCUGCGCUGGAGCUGCACAGAUUAUAACUACAUCAUCAUGACUGUUGUCUGCAUUGAGAUGGACCUGUGUGAGUCCAGACCGAUUCCCCAGUAUAAAAACUUCCAAAUUGAAACAAGCCCUCAGGGCUACAGACUGUUUGGGACCGAGACGUUCCGGCCCGCACUAAAGGAGCUUCUGGAGCACUUGCAGGGCCAAAGCCUACGCACAGAGAACCUGCGCUUCCAGCUGCGCCGCUGCUGCCCACCACAACCCAGAGAAAUUUCCAACCUAUUAGUGAUGACCACAAACCGAGAGCCCGCCCCGCAGAGACAAAAUCAAGUCAGCCAGCUGAGUUUCCACCGCAUCCUUAAGGAAGAGAUUGAACAGGGUGAGCAUUUGGGCCGGGGCACAAGGACAAACAUCUAUGCUGGUGUUCUGAAGCUGAAGAGUGAGGAUGAUGAUGACAUGGGAGGAUACUCACAGGAGGUGAAAGUGGUGUUGAAAGUGCUGGGCUCAGGACACAGAGAUAUCUCUCUGGCUUUCUUUGAGACAGCUAGCAUGAUGCGUCAGAUCUCUCACAAACACAUCGCACUGCUCUACGGAGUGUGUGUUCGCCACCAGGAGAAUAUCAUGGUGGAAGAGUUUGUUCAAUAUGGUCCUCUGGAUCUGUUCAUGCGCAGACAAACCACGACUCUCAGCACCGCAUGGAAGUUCCAGGUUGCCAAACAAUUGGCUAGCUCCCUCAGCUAUCUGGAGGAUAAGAAGCUGGUUCAUGGAUAUGUGUGCUGUAAGAACAUUCUGGUGGCUCGAGAUGGUCUGGAUGGAGAGGGAGGACCCUUCAUUAAACUGAGUGACCCUGGCAUACCCAUUACUGUCCUUAGCAGAGAAGAAUGUGUGGACAGGAUUCCUUGGAUUGCUCCCGAGUGUGUACAGGACACUGCUAAUCUGAGCGUAGCAGCGGAUAAGUGGGGCUUUGGGACAACUCUGUGGGAGAUCUGUUACAAUGGAGAGAUACCUCUCAAAGACAAGAAACUCACGGAGAAGGAAAGGUUUUACGCAGCACAGUGUCAGUUGGCAACCCCUGAUUGCCAGGAGCUGGCCAAGCUCAUGACCCACUGUAUGACCUACGACCCUCGGCAGAGACUGUUCUUCAGGGCCAUUGUCAGGGACAUUGUCAUGGUGGAGGAACAGAACCCAUCCAUUCAGCCUGUUCCCAUGCUAGAGGUGGACCCCACAGUGUUUGAGAAGAGGUUCCUCAAGAAGAUCAGAGACCUUGGAGAGGGUCAUUUUGGAAAGGUGGAGUUGUGCAGAUAUGACCCGCGGGGAGAUCGGACUGGAGAGCUGGUGGCCGUGAAGUCUCUAAAGCCAGAGAACCGAGAAGAGCAGAGCAGUAACCUGUGGUGUGAGAUUGACAUCCUGAGAGAACUUUACCACGAGAACAUUGUUAAAUACAAGGGCAUUUGCAAUGAAGAGGGUGGGAGAUCCAUUAAGCUCAUCAUGGAGUUUUUACCGGCAGGCAGUCUGAAGGAAUACCUUCCCAGAAACAAAGCUCACAUAGACCUUAAAACCCUUCUCAACUAUUCUGUACAGAUCUGCCAGGGCAUGGACUACCUGGGCUCUCGCAACUACAUCCACAGAGACCUGGCAGCCCGCAAUGUUCUGGUGGAGAAUGAAAGCACGGUCAAGAUCGGAGACUUCGGCCUGACCAAAAGCAUUAAGGAUAAUGAGGGUUACUACACGGUGAAAGACGAUCUGGACAGUCCAGUGUUCUGGUAUGCUCCAGAGUGCCUGAUCCACUGCAAGUUCUACAGGGCGUCUGAUGUCUGGUCUUUUGGAGUGACCAUGUAUGAGCUCCUCACGUACUGUGAUGCCUCGUGCAGCCCUAUGUCGGUGUUCCUAAAGAUGAUUGGUCCAACACAGGGCCAGAUGACUGUUACCCGAUUGGUCAAAGUCCUGGAGGAGGGGAAGAGACUUCCGAAGCCAGAUGGCUGCUCAGAAAGGUUGUACAAUCUGAUGAGGAAAUGCUGGGAGGCAACACCUGAAAAAAGGAUCGACUUCAAAAGCCUGAUUGCCAACUUUCAGCAGAUGCUUGACAAUCAGUAACGGUGGAAAUAAGAUGGGAUACAGACUCCACCUCCUUUGCAAGAGACAGUCCCAUAGAGACAAAAUCCCCAGAAAAAAAAAACAAAACAAAAAAAAGUAUAACUGCAGUGUAGCACUCUUUCAAAUAUACUCUCCUUUUUACUGUAUCCCUCACAUUAUGGCCUCAUAGAAUCUAUAAACUGCUGGCCAUUUGAAAUAGCCACAAAGAAACUGCUAGAACCACCGAAGCGGGCAGAUGAGCACUGCCCGGCCUCUCUUUGAAUAUGCAAACAUGUAACUGCCAGUUCGAAUCGCUCAUUUUUCUCUUCAAGUUCAAAUGCAGACCUGAUUCGUGCACAAAAAAUGAGGCGAAUCAGGAAUCUGACACACUCGGCUCCUCUGCUUCAUGUUGUGCCUCAGUGUCACAUCAGCCACAAAGAUGCAUGUAUGAAAAACCCAUAAUUUCCCAAGGUGCAUUACAGCAAGUUCUGUAUGGAAUCUGCCCAUUGUGAGGCAUACGCAUUGAGAGAGACUGACCCUUGUUGCGAUAAAAGAGGACUGUUGUUCUUUGGAAGUUGAGGAACGUGUCAGAAUGUAGAUUUACAUGUGUGGUCCACGGUUUGGAGCUUUAAUGAGUGAAUGUCGAGUGGAAUGUGCCUGCUCUCGUGAGACGAUUGACGUGCAAAGCAUGUUAAGCGCUCACAGACUGCUGGUUUGUCUGAUUUGGAGCGGACAGCUGUCCUCUUAGAAAAUUCCAAACGAACGUGCAGGAUUCCCGGAGAACUCUGAAAUGUCACGCGCCGGUCAAGAUGCUUACGUUCUAAGGAAUGUACUUCCUCCCUGAGCUUCACAUUUGCCAUGGAAAAACUGAAGAGGAUAAUUCUGAGAACAGCAUGUGGAAGGAUAACCGUUAUGGGUUUAAUGAAAUGCCCGAAAUAGGCACUAGGGGACAGUAGAGUUUAUGAAAUAUCUCAAGAAAAAUUCACAUUAUGUUGUGCAAAUUAUAUUCUGGGCUCAGCUAACUUUCAGAAACUGAUUUAACUGUCAAAAAAAAAAAAUAUAUAGUAUUUUAUCUGUUGUUUUUUAUCAAAAUGGAAUUAAAAAGUGAUUAACAUGAUGUUUCUAUAGGGGAUAUUUUGUUUGUUUAAAGACGGAUGCUGACUUGAAUGAGGAGGAUCAAGACUGAAAUUAGUUUUUCGUCUUAAACGCCUUAGUCGUUAUUCGUACAGUCAAAGGGAGGCUAAAUAUUCAAAGACACACUAAUUCCCAUCUGAUUAUCAGAUUAUGGUUAAUCCUCACACAUGGUUCCUGAAAAGGGAAAAUGAUUCAUCUCCCUGAAGGAAGUGUCACAUGGUUUUACACUGAAGGAAUUGUGAAAUGUACGUUGUUGCGUUGGUAUCUACGCCUCCACGGUGGCCACAAUGGAGUUGGUGGUCAAAAAAGAAAAAUGAUGAAACAAUAAGACUUUUUUUUCUGCCCUUUAAUGUGGAUUGCAAAACAAUUCCAUCAGCUCAAAAUGAAACCCAAACCUAUUUUCCUCAAAAAGAAUGACAACAAAAUUGUAUUGAACAGGGUACAUAAAUACACAUAAAUAAAUACAUUUUUUUUGUUGUUGUA